UGUAGUUUGGAGUCACCAAGACUCAGAACAGAAUAUAGCAGCUCACGUACAUCGCUCUUUAAAAUUACAAUUACAUAAGUUCAUGACUUGUACAUUUGUGUAGAUAGAUAUUUUCUAUUUUUUUAUAACAAGACAACGACGAGAUGGAACUUAAUUCUCUUCUAAUUCUGCUGGAGGCUGCAGAGUACUUGGAAAGAAGAGACAGAGAGGCAGAACACGGUUAUGCGUCUGUUUUACCGUACAGGAGCGACUUUUCCAGUAAGAAAACGAAAACAUCGCCAAUUUCCCGAAAAACUCAGAACAAUAGAUCAUCGCACAACGAGCUGGAGAAACACAGUGAGACUCUGCACCUCCUCAACUCUUUGAACACGCAGCGUCUCACGGUCAAUCCCAAAGUCACAACUGAGCCAACGCAGAGCAGAGCAUCAACCCCGAUCGUACGUGCCAAACUACGGCUGUACUUGGAGCAGUUGAAGAAGCUGGUGCCUUUGGGCCCAGACAGCUCAAGACACACCACACUGAGCUUGCUGAAAAGGGCCAAGAUGCACAUCAAGAAGCUGGAGGAGCAGGACAGGAAGGCUUUAAACACGAAGGAGCAGCUGCAGAGAGAGCACCGUUACCUCAAACGCCGCCUGGAGCAGCUUUCUGUGUCCGGAUCCGUUGAGCGCAUCCGCACCGACAGCAUGGGCUCCACCAUCUCCACCGACUCUGAGCAAGAGGUGGACAUCGAAGGCAUGGAGUUCACUCCUGGCGAGGCGGACAGCAUUGACAGCAUCAGCGACGGCGAGGAGGAGGAGGAGGAAGAGGAGGAGGACCACUACAGCCUCCAGAGCAGCUCCAGCGACACCAGCUACACAGCCACACAUUCCCACAGACUGCAGCCGCACCACUGUUAGGACGCCGCGCGGCCAUCCUUCUCCCAACCAGCUUCCUCUCCCAUGCUUCCCACCCCUCACCUAUACCUUCCCCAACCAUUUGCAAUCGCCAACGCCGCCCGCUACCUACAUCUGACCGGUCCGCAACGGCGGCGAACCUGGUGCUCCUUUCCUGGCCCCGGCUCUCCAGGAAGCACAUGGGGCUGAAAUGCCACUCAAGCCUUCCUGAACCCCCCCCCCCCCCUGACCACUGACCCUACCUCACCCUACUGUAUCCUGCCUGAACCUGCCCCUCCUCACACGCCCUGCCCUCCCACUGCCCUCACAACCCCCUACCUAGUGUUGCCGCAGGCUCUUAGAGAGCAGAGCAGAGCACAGUUUGUGGUUCUAAUGGGGACUUCUGUGGUGUGGUGCACAGCUUUGACAUGUCAAUCAGGAUUUUGUAAAGUGCGUUUGUGUGUGUGUGUGUGUGUGUGUCUGUGUGUGUGUCUGUGUGUGUGUGUGUGUGUGUGUGUGUGUGUGUGUGUGUGUGUGUGUGUGUGUGUGUGUGUGUGUGCGCAAGAAAGAAAGAACAAGCGAAGGAGUUUAAGAGAGUUCAAAAACACAAUACAAACUUCAUGUCAUCUCCAUGAGGCAAUAAUACCCAGCUAGGCAGCAGGUGUGUGAUGUAAAAGAUAAAGCAAUUCUGUAUUUUCUGCAAUAUUUGCAACAUCGAAAGUAAUUUACAUCAUACAGUAUCUUCCCUUUACACAAUCAGAUUUACCGGAGUAGCUAUUGCAGAUGUCCUGCACGUUGCUUCAAUCGUUCGACUGCUGAAAUGAGAUUAAAAGGAAUAGUUUUACAUUUUUGUGAAAUGUAUUAAUGCCUCUCGUACCGAUCCAGUCUUUAUGCUAAGCUAGGCGACUGCUGGCUGUAGCUUUGCAUUUAGCAAACAGACAUCAGAGUGGUAACAAUCUUCUCAUCUAAAGCAGAUAAGCUGUUUCUCCCAAAAUGUAAAACUAUUAUUUUCAUUUUUCCAUGUUUUGUCUACCACCUAAAAUAAGACUUCUUCAGCACAAAGUUACAUCUUCAUGAUUAAGGCAGAUUUUUGACAAACUGAAAAACUUACAGAGCUGUAGCAGAGAAGAAAUAAUGUAUAUAGAUGUACAGUUACUGUUCAAACCCUCAUGUCUCCCUCUGGUUGGGCUGCCUAACCACUACUCCACACUACUGACCACUACACUAUACCACCCUUUGGUGUGGAUGGACUACUAUGUCAAUUAAAAAAAAGGAGUUGCCUCAUAACUAAAAACUCUAUUCCUUAAAGAAUGAUUCGGAUCUUGUGAUUCCUUCUCAGUAGCGAAUUGAUGUAGCAAUAAAUACGAGAGGCGGGUUGUUCCUCUGAGUGUUUAAACGAUUCACGGUGGACCAUGAGGUGUCACGGCAGACUUUGAACUUUUUACCCUGUAGAUGGCCAGUGGGAGCUAACAAGAGAGCGGACCUGCAGAAAAAGGGGCAGUUCUCCUUUUUCUUUUUCACUAAUGUAUCCUUCUCUUUGCUCACAACGCCAUUUACCCAGAAUUUGCAUUUCUCUACAGCUUUGUUACUUUUUCAAGCAGUAUUCAUGUGUGUCUGGAUGUACGUUUUGUUUUUUUCUGAUUGACAAGUCAAAGCUGUAAAUUUGGAGAAAAUGUUUAAGAAAAAAAAGAGAGAAAAAAAAAAAGGGCCAGCUCUAAAGAUUUGUUCUCUGUGGAGGCGUUUCUUUUACAAACUUAGCAAAUUAAUCACAUUCAGCUGAACUUUUAAUUCCUAUUAUAAGGCUAAUAAUCACAUUUUCUCUCUGCUGUCUGUUACUUAUUUCUGGAGCUUCUAGGCGCAGCUGAAGACCAGUGUAGAUGAAAGUGUCUCUAACUGUAUUCUUAUUCAAAAUAGUCACUAUUGACGGAGGAGGCACUUCUGUUGCUCUCUGACCAUUUAAUAAGCAUUAGGCCUCAAUCUCUGGCAGUCUUUAGAGCUUGGCGACUUAAACAAUAAAUAAAAAGGGCCAGUCCACCAUGGCAGGUCUGCCAAAAAAAAAAACUAAAAAAAAAACUACAAAAGACUCAAGAACUUAAAAAGACUUGCAUACAAAAGAAGCAACUCGUCACUAAAA